AUGGCAACCGCCAAAUCGGAUGUCUGGCCUGCCCCUAAGCAGCUUCGCUUCGUCCACAAUCAAGGUCAGCCGCCUUCCAAGCGCAGAAGAAUAAGUGCCGCAUGUCUAACUUGCCGCCGAAGAAAGACACGGUGUGCUGGAGAAAAGCCACAGUGCUCAACAUGCACCAAGAAUGGACACGAGUGCCUUGGAUAUCCUGAAGAGUCCGCCAAGGUCAGCACCACUGCCGACACCGCUGCAGCUUCUCGCCAAGAAAACUACGAGAGCCAGGACAGUAAUGAUGACUCGUCUGUUGACGAUGCCGAUUCUGCCAGUCAAUCUACCAUUGAUUCACAGGAGGAUUCACACGAGACGGACAAAGCUGGCAGCAAACAAACAGACAAACAUGAAUCUGCACCCGCACUCGCACCAGCAAACAAACGCCGUCGCACACGACGCCAAGCUCCAUCGCCGUCACCUGCAGACGCUGCAUCACGCAAGCUGGAUGCUUCUAUUCCUCGCCCAACCACGGCGGAUGCACUGGAGCAAAGCGCGUCACCAACGCUCCACAUCAGCGACCUGAGACGCCCAGUGUCCUCGGGGACAUCGCAAGACGGGCUGCUUCCCACGUCACCCACCAUGCAGAGAGCAAAGGCCGCUGCGCACCGCGUGCCCUACUUUCGCUACUUUGGGCCUACUGCCAUUGUGCCGGGCUUCAAGCAGAUGGUUGUCUCGGUACGUGACACCAACUACAGCUCCCAUACGGACACGUCGCUGGCCUCUUUGCCCACUAGCCUCAUCGGAUCCAGUCCGGCCACCAGCAGCGUUGCUAUUCCAGGAGAGCUCCCAAUCUACGAUCCCAAUUCGCUCGCACCUGUUCCUGACCUUAUCAUCCACUUGGUGGAGACCUUUUUCCAGCACAUUGGCUGCAACUAUCCCUUCCUCAAGGAGCGCAAGUUUAUCCGUCUUGUCAAAGAAAAGGCCGCCGAGCCAAUCCUUGUCGAUGCCGUGUGCGCCCUGGCAGCUCGCUUCUCUGAAGCUCCAGCUUUGACAGGCGGCAACGAGCAAAUGCCUCGCCGAGAGCGUGGCCUAGUGUUUGCUCAGCGUGCAAAGCAAGCCACAGUUGACACAUUCCCAUGUCCAUCUGUCAGCGCCGUACAAGCUUGCUUGCUGAUGGCCUAUGAGGGCUUUGGUGCCAGCCAGGACAGUGCCCUUUGGAUGUAUCUCGGUCUGGCUAUUCGCAUGGCCGUUGAUCUGGGCCUCCAGAAGCGCAUUGGUGUUCAGUACCAAGGCGACAAAGAUCCUAAUGCUGUUGGUCACCCCAGCAGUCCCGUGGCUAGUCGAGCAGAUGCCCUUAGCCUUGACGAGCAAAAGGAGGUUGAGCAAGAACGCAUGGACACCUUUUGGGCCGUCUUUGUCCUGGACAGAAUCAUCUCUUCAGGAACGGGCCGCCAAGUCACAUUACGUGACGAAGACUUUGAGCUGCCACUGCCGGAACCAUCCAUUGACCCCGUCACUGGUUGGCCAACCCUAUUCCCAAUACUUGUACAGAUAGUCCACAUGUAUGGCCGCGUCUCAGAUAUUCUUAACAACAUCCAGGAUGCAAAAGAUCUUACAGAAGAGCGCUGGGCCAAGCUCACGUCUAUGGAACAGCAACUCACGCGACUCUACAAGACUUGGGAUCAACGCCUGCAAUUCAACGUCGAUAAUUUCAAGGCUUACUUGGGCCUUGGCCAAGGAACCAUCUUCAUCCUGCUUCACCUUUGGUUCCAUGCCUUGUUCAUCAUUGUUCACCAGCCCACCCUUCUAACCCCCAACGAGAGUCAACGAAGUGAGCUGCAACUGCUGCCUGACAGCAAAGAGUUGAGCAUGAGCAGUGCCAAGACGAUUUGUGAUAUUCUGUCUUUUGCCGACCUCAUCGAACCAAAGAGCUUCAUCGGAAACCCUUUCACUAACCAACCCAUUUACAUUGCCGCCGGCGCCUUCUUGAUGGAGUCUCGCUCAAGCCCGAGUCCUCAGCAGAGUCCCUCCAGCGCACCCAAAAAUGAAGGCAAGAAGUCUUCCAAACAUAGCCUUCUGGCAUCGGCUGCGAAUCAAAACUACCAGCGAUGCUACCGAUCUCUGCAGCAGAUCAAUGAAUACUGGGGUGGCGUCACAUACGUCAUGACGGCGUUGGGUCAGAAAGCCCAGGGCUUACGCGAGCUGGAAACCUUUACAGAGGAAGAGUACGAAGGUGCCAGGGCCGACCGCCGUGGGAGCCUGAGCGGCCAGCUCGCGCGACUUGAGAGCCAAGCGUCUCCCGCAGCGUCUGGGCCGCCAAUCGCCUGGAGUCUGGCUGGUACUGCUUACUCUCCCAACUCGAGCCUCACCGUCAUGUAUCAGACAGGCAAUCCUUCUGCAGCUGCUGCAAUUGGUCCUCUUCGCAAUACAGUAGUACCAGGGCGAGCUGCUGCUACGCCUCCUUCUAGCUUGGCGUACGAAGCUAUCCGCCAGCACCAGUCUAGACAGAUGUUCCCCCCAGCCAUCCCCCAGCCGAACACGUCUUCUAUUCGCCAUUCACCCCGCCGGUCUUCUAGUCGUUUGGCUGGUGACUCUGAGAGUGGUUUGUAUGGAGCAUCCGCCUUUACACCCGCAAGUCACUCCGGCUUCGACACCUUCAGCCCAACUGCCGGUGGCACCAUGGCUAACCCGUCCACUUUUUAUGGCCAGCAAGGCAUGGACUUGCAAUCGGCGUCAUGGGGAGCUGGAGCUGCUGGUAGCAUGGACGGCAUCACGUUUAACAGCCACGAGAUUGACAUUGCCUCUCUCGGCCUACAGCCCGAUGUUAUGGGCGGCUGGCUUGAUUACUUGCCCAACGAUGUUCUUGGGUUGUUUGAAAACCAAGACUGGGAUCAUGGCUCCUCAUGA